CAUGGCGGCCCGUCUAGCGAGCUACGGUUGAUGCCUCACGCCGAAACUUCCCGACGAUCUAGGCGUCUGGAACCCUCCAGAGAUGGAUUCCCAUUCCAAAGUCAUGGAGCCCCUAGAAACCAAGGAUGAGGAACCUGCUGUUCACAACUCUGAAAAUGCCUCUUCCAUUUUGACAAAUGGGAUGCUUGUAACUCCUCAGAAACCUGCCACCGAAGCGACUCCUAAUCGUUGUGAGACACCUGUAUUUAAAUCACCACUAAACUUUUCUACUGUAACCGUAGAGCAAUUGGGAAUUACACCGGAAAGCUUUGUUAAAAACUCUUCAGGAAAGUCAUCAGCCUAUCUGAAAAAAGCUAGACGACGUUCUGCAAUUGGUGCCCGGGGCUCUCCUGAAACAAACCAUUUGAUUUGUUUCAUUGCUCAGCAGCGGAAUGCGAAGGAUGCUAAGAAAUCUCCUUUGGCACACAAUUCCCCUUUUCAGGGAAGUCCUGUGCUCUAUCGAAAUGCUAAUUCCUUAAGAGAGCGAAUAUCUGCCUUCCAGUCAGCUUUUCACUCCGUAAAAGAACAGGAGAACAUGGAUGAUGGUCCUGAGUCCUCAGAGGCAGAGAGGGAGCGCAAGGCCACAGACAUCAUCGAAAGAGAAGGUCUUCGUGAAUGGCAGCAGUCUGGAUUCUCUGUGAAGUCACCAGCCAAACGUCAGAGGGUCUCUUAUCAGAGCAACCUGAAUGAGAAUCUGGCUGAUGCUGAAAAAAUAGGAAUUAAUCUUCAGUUAUUCAACACUGAUGCUUCUUCUGGUACAGACAGACCGUGCACUGUUGGAACUUCGCCUGCUGAGCUAUCUGAGAAAUCUGGACCUGGUAUAAUGCAGUCUAGCUGUUUAGUUGAAGAGCCUGUUCCACUUUUAGGCCUCAGCGAGGUUUCAUGUGGAAUCCAGGUUGCUGACUGUGUCAAAGACCAAAGAACAAGUGCCGCUGUUUCCCAGAGAACCUGGCUAGGGGGUGCAUUGCCUGAAGCAGCGAGCGUAGACCCAGUUCCUGCCGACGAGUCACCAGCUACUUCAGUGAGUGAGAAGGAUGCUCUGUCCUCCCAGACCUUUGUGCUUCGCUCUGUCCUGAAGAAACCUUCUGUGAAGCUAUUUCUUGAAAGCUUACAGGAUCGCUCUGACAACUGUGGUGAUGGGAUUCAUCCAAGCAUAAUCUCAAAUUUUGGAAACUAUUGCAAAGAACAAAAAACAGUUGACCAGCAAAACCUUAAAGUCCCGGCCUUUCCACAUGUGAGGAAGAGAGUCACUUUUGGAGAGGACCUGAGUCCUGAAGUGUUUGAUGAGUCCCUGCCAGCAAACACUCCAGUGCGAAAAGGAGAAGCACCGCUUAGCAGAAGGGAUUUUCCUCGGGCCGGUCCUCUGCAACUCAACUACUCGCCCGAGCGGGUGUCUCCACCAAAUUUUGAUGACAAGGGAGAGAAUCUUGAAAACAUAGAACCACUUCCUGCAUCGUUUGGGGUUCUCAGUCCUAGUAAAUCUUCAGUCUCUGAGACUCCUUCAGGCACGGAUACCUCCAAUCUCCAGGAGACUGUGUCUUCCCACGAUGUUGGCAGAAUCACAAGGGCCGCUAACAGAAGAAGUCAAUUGACGAGCUUCACAGAGGAGACUAUUUGCAAUUUAGUUAAUACAGAAGCCCAGCAUUGUAAAGAAAAAAAAAUUAUUAGGAGAAAGUCUCAAGAAAUUAAGCAAACCAACAGAGCACUUCCUAAAAAUCAUGUCUGUAAAGGUGGCAGAAGGAAGAAAAAAAAGGGGAAACAGCAGAGUGCGAAGAAGUCUUUAUAUGGGGAGAGGGAGACUGUGUCUAAGAAACCUCUCCUGAGUCCGAUCCCUGAGAUCCCGGAGGUGACGCCUGUGGUUCCAGGAGCCCGGAGGAGGUGUGCAGGUAAUGUCAACUCAAAGGGCAACCCUGAGGAAGUGCUGACGCUCCCUCAGUGUCUCAUUGAACGGCCCGCAGAAGACCCGGGUUUGCCUCCAGACUUGGCGGAGUGUGAUGUGCCUGGAUCCUGCAGCCCCUGCGUAAAAAAGACCUUCCUGCCUGGCUGUGCUACUUUUGAUCAUAAUUCAAAUAUACACACUGUAGAAGUUAAAGAAAAUAUUCCAAAAGCCAAAAGCCAGUUGGAAAGUGAAAAUGAACUUAAAAAAGCUGCGCCUGGGAAUGUAAAUGAUGGUCCUUCGAGUGAUCCUGUGACUGAAGAAUACGUUGUGUCUCGUUACCCCAGACCGCAUUUUACCCUGCAGGCCCAGGAGCUGGGAAACCGUGGUCAGAUCUCGAAAAUUCCCAAGGAUGAGAGCACAGGGCAUGGAAAGGGGGGUGACCUCCUCAUAGCUGACGAGGAAAAACCUGAAUCCAGUCAUUUGGUGUCUGACUCACUGAAAGAGGUCUUCAAUGAAAAUGUGGAAGAAUCUAAAGGUCCAAGUGAGGGUCCGGGAAGAAAAUCUUCAGGCACAAGUAGUGAAAUGACUUGUCAAGAAAGGAAGCAGAGAAGGCGCGCGAUGUGUUACCCUAACAGUAAAAGUGCACAAUUGGGAGAAGAUGGCAGCCACGAACAUGCCAGCAGAGUGGGCACCUCUGUAGGAAUCACCUUAGAAAAUCCUGAACUAUGUAAAGAGCUGUCCGAUGCCAUAGAGCAAACCUUGAAGAGACCCCAUGCUGAAACAAAGGUGAGGCGGAGCACCAGGCUACGCAAAGAUUUGGAAAACGAAGGACUCAUAUGGGUUUCACUGCCAGCAGGGUGUCCUGCCCCUUCUACUAAUCAAAAAAUGAAAAGGAGAACCGUAUGUGCAUUUGACAACAGAGGGUUUGAACACGCGUCUUCCGGUAAGACCCCAGGCCCCCGGCCCUCCACAGCAGACACAGAUAACAGUAAGGGUCGUGCUGCUGGUUCGCUUGAGAGGAGGAGGAUGAGCUUUUGUACAUCUUCACUUGCAAACGCUAAACCCCCGCUCAACCAGGAUGCUGCAGAAAAUCCUUUCUCAGCCAGAGGGAAAAAGCCCUCUAACUGGCUGUAAAAGAACUGGACUCACUGAAGAACUAAAGCAAUAACUCAGAAUAGUUGGCAAGAGAGAAGGUUGCCAUCCAUGUUUAAGAGAGCCUUUCAUUCUUGGUCCUGUUUGUUCAACUUCAGUAUUUUAAAGGUUUCGUGUAAAUAAAAAAUUUUGCAUUCAGCCUAA